AUGUGCAACCAAAAGGCCCUGAUAAAAAAUGCCAGCAUCUUGGAGGAGAUGCAACAGGAGUGGGUAGAAUGUACAACUCAGGCACUGGAGAAAUACAACAUAGAGAGGGACAUUGUGGCCUAUAUGAAAAAGGAGUUUGACAAGGAAUACAACCCCACCUGGGACUGCAUCAUGGUGAGAAACUUCAGUAGUUAUAUGACAAAUGAAACCAAAUGCUUCAACUACUUCUAUCUGGGCCAAGUGGCCAUUCUUCUGUUCAAAUCUGAUUAA